UAAUUGAGAACUGCCAGCCCCGCAUGUGUACCAUUUUCGAACAGAGCAACAAUUCAGAUCUAACUCCAAAACCCAGAAACCUCAAGCUUUGUUUCUUCCAGUUCGGGCAUCAGCUGUCAAUGGGAUUAGCUUAGCUUAACAUUAAAGUGACCAAUGUCAAACUCAAUUAUAAACAAAAGGGUGCGGGUGCCUUGUCUACCCUCUCCGGCCAAGAUUAAUUUCAACUUGAGCAAGAUACAGAGGAUUAAGAAGCCUGAGUCCAACAAGGUGGACCGAAUCAGCGCCCUACCAGAUGAAAUUCUUGUGAAUAUAGUUGCCUUCUUGCCACUAGAUGAAGCACAGGCUACGAGUAUCCUUUCUAGGCGAUGGCGUUAUAUCUGGAAGUCUGUGUUGGAUUAUACCAUGACUCUCAACUUUGAUGCUGAGAAGCAUUUGUCCAAUUUUGCAUCCCGGGAAGAGUUGGCAAUUCGUUGGUAUGUCGAUUGGGUGGAUACAGUGUUGAACCAGUAUACAGGCCGAAAAAUGAAGCAGUUCAGGGUUUGUUAUGAUUUGGACAGCACGUUUUCAAGGUCAAUUGAUGGAUGGAUUCAUUUUGCAAUGACAAAAGGAGUUGAAAUGCUUGAGUUAGACUUAUUAGAAUAUGGUGUUACUCGCCGUUUGGAGUAUCCAAUUUAUACAUUUCCCCACAGACUUUUAGGCAUCGUGAAAGAAUCUGCUUGGAAGCACAUCUGUUCUGAUGUUCCUAGGCUAAGUCCUUGUGCAUGCAUUGGCUUUAAGUCCCUCAAAGUGCUUAGUUUGAAAUGUGUUGAUGUGGAUGGACAAGUUCUUGAGUACAUGUUUUCUAAUUGUCCAGUUCUUGAACGAUUAUCACUAGGUUAUUCCCCGAGCUUGGUUAGUCUAAGAGUUGUUGGUCCAUCAAUUGCAUUGAAGUACUUAGAAAUACGAGGAUGUGCUAGACUUGAGAGCAUUGAGAUCUGUGACACAAACCUUGUUUCUUUUGUUUAUUACGGAAAUGAGAUACACUUGAUAGUUAGAAAUGUACCACUCCUUGUUGAGGUAUCAAUUUGUGAGUCUUGUAAUAAUGAUUACAUACUGGUCGCCUUCACCCAACUCUCAUGCUGUCUCUCUCAACUAGAGAUUCUCAAACUAAUUGAUGUCAUACUGCCCUACAAGAGGAAUCCUGUAUUUCCUAUAUUCACAAAUCUCAAGCAUUUGGAAUUAAGAUUUUAUGAAGAUGAUGAUUGCAUUCUUCUUCAUUUAACUUCUUUCAUUAAGGCAUCCCCUUGCUUGCACAACCUUGUGCUGGAGUUGUACCCUUUAACAUGCCGAAGAGAAAUAGAAUUUAGAAAAGCUGCCAAAUGCUCCCAUGAUUACCUAAAGGUAGUGGAAAUAUUUGGAUAUCAUGGACGCAAAAGUGAUUGUGAACUGGUCAAGUUCUUGACAGAGAUUGCUGUUAAUUUGGAGAAAAUUGUUACUGAUCCUGCUCAUCCUGCUGAACGACAUUACUGUUAUCCUAAACACAGACGAAAGCCGGAUAUUGAAGUCGUGGCGAGGGCUGAACAGUCAAGUUAUGAUUAUGCUACCAUAGUAAAGAAAAAAUUCCUUCGACUUGGGAAUUGAUUGUGUUGGAAAAUGCAGUGGUGCACUUGCUUAAGUUAUCUAAAGACAGGCAAUCAUCGGAUACUAAGGUUUACAUUAUUGAUGUAUAUAAAGCUCAAAUUGUGGUUCUGUAUUAGUCAGAAAGUCAAGGUUUUACUUGGAUUACUGCU